GAGAGGCUUGUGGCCAGUUAUUGUCAGAGAUAUAAUUGACGUAGUUGCCUGUGUCGAAGAUGAUCGGGUCGCUAAUAUUAUUAUUUAUUAUAGCUUUCUUGUUAAAAUAUUCGUAUAGCAAAGCGUACGAGAGAGAUGAAAAUUUCCCGCCAGGUCCCAUACGUCUUCCAAUUUAUGGCGGUUACUGGAUUAUCGCAACCAAAGUUAUCAACAACCUCGGCUUGGCAACCAUGAAACUUGCUGAAGAAUAUAACACUAAGGUUGUGGGCCUGUACUUGGGGAAGCUACCACAGAUCCUAGUCAACGACCCCGCGACUAUCAAAGAGGUGCUUUCGAGGGAGGAAUUUGACGGUCGUCUUGAUACGGUCUUAGCACGCGCUCGGUCUUAUUGGAAGAAGUUGGGAAUAUUUUUCACCGAUGGCUACUUCUGGCACGUACAACGUCGGUAUUCCCUGCGUUACAUGCGGGAUUCUGGCUUCGGACGUCGCGACGAAACCCUGGAGGCGGCGAUAGUACACGACACCAAGAACAUGAUUGAGAUGGUCAUGCACGGCACUAAAUAUCCUGCUGAAAAGAACAUAGUCAACGGCAACCUCAUCUACCUGCCACAUUUCUUCGCCGUGCCUUUCAUCAAUGGGCUACUUCACGUAUUCGUCCGGUCCACAUUGCCCCGGGAAAAGUACGCUGAUAUCUGGGAGCUUGCGAGAAAGGCCCUGCUCUUCCAAAGGAGUUCCAACGACCUAGGUGGUGCGGUGGUCAUCACACCCUGGUUGAAGGACUUCUUCCCAAAAUUGUGUGGGUACAGCGACUUGACGAAGGGGAACGGCGCAAUUGUCAAGUUUUUUGAGACUCUCAUAAAAGAAGUACAGCAAACACAUGAUGAGUCAUACGAUAGACACUUCAUUGAUUCGUAUCUCACGAAAAUGAAGGAGGAGAAACGGACAAGCAACCGGACUACAUAUUCAGUGGAACAGCUGGCGCUGAUCUGCACCGACUACAUGUUCCCCGCCGCUAGUGCCGUCGAGAUGAUGCUCUCGUUACUCGUGGAGCGGAUGCUGCUGCAGCCGGAGAUCCAGGAGGGGAUACACGAGGAGAUAGACCGGGUCGUGGGGAGAGAUCGCAUACCAACACUGGAUGAUAGAGCCAAAUUGCCGUACACAGAGGCGUGUAUUCGUGAGAUGCUGCGGUUCGAAACAUUGGUCCCGCUAGGAGUGGCCCACAGAGCUAUGGUCGAUACAAAACUAGAGGGCUUCGAUAUACCAAAGGAUACUUCAGUGUCUGUUAAUCUUCUGAGUCUACAUACGGAUAAAAAAAUUUGGGGCGACCCGGAAAACUUUAGACCAGAGAGGUAUAUCGUUGAUGGAAAACUGCAAGUUACCUCCGAUAAAUCACUGCCUUUUGGAGCGGGAAGAAGGCUCUGCGCGGGUGAAACUUACGCUAGACAAGGCAUGUUUCUGGUGUUCGCUGUGUUCAUGCAAGCGUUCCACGUGUCCACAGCUGAUGGUAGACCCUUGAAGAAACCAGCCAAGAGGAUCCAGGGCAUCAUCACAUCGAUACCGGAGUUCUGGGUCCGAGUGACGCCACGGAUUUGAUAAUAGGAGGCCAGUAAUGAUGUACAUAUGUUGUUGAAUAGUGGUUACGAAAAUGAUCCAAUUCUUGUUUAGAAAUUUUAUAAUAUAACGUAACUAAAUAUUUAGGACUUAAAACGUUUUUUUUUUUCAAAAUAUAAAAAUAGACGCAAAAUUUGAAAAAUACCUAAUAUUUAUUAAGAUGACGUUUUUGGAAUUAUGCCAUCAUUUCUGCAAAAAUAAUAAAAAAUCUUAAAAUCAAAUCAAUGAUCCACUGACUACCGCCAAACCAUCUUAGGAGCUACCUAUAAUAUAAUAUAAUGUAUAAGGCAUUAAUGUACAAAAUUAUAAAUGCUCUCAAUUUUACUUGAAUUCAUGUAAAAAUAAAAUAUUUUGUUAGUUGGCAACACAAUUACUCAAUAUUAUGUGAACAAUAAUAUAUAUUGUCAUAAAAAAAUGCGAAACCUCAAGAAAUCCUUACAAAAUUGUAUGCCAAGGCAACUUGCCAGCUUACAAUAAUAUAUAUUUUAUUAAAAUGAAAUAUGUAUUUUUUUUGUUAUCUAACAUCACAGUGUGUGUAUAAAUAAUAGUCUAACUAUGUAGUAUGUAUA